AUGGCGAGCUUUCACGUGGUGCGGGUCAGAGCGAGCUGGACGGCUCUUUUGGCUCUGUCCCAUUUCAUCUACCUGCUGGCUGGAGCCACCAUCUUCCGAAUACUGGAGCGAGAGGCCGAAAACUACAAUCGAAACCAUUUUCUGAUGGAGAAGUUGAAUUUCUUAGCAAAUUACACCUGCUUGGAUGGAGACGCCUUGGAGUACUUUGUUAAGGUCAUUUUAUAUGCCAAGAAAAAUGGAGUAAAUCCUUCAGGAAACUCCACAAACCCCAGUAACUGGGACUUCAGCAGCUCCUUCUUCUUUGCAAGCACAGUCAUCACAACUAUCGGCUAUGGAAACCUCUCCCCAAGCACUGUGUCUGGCCAGGUGUUUUGUGUGUUUUAUGCUUUCUGUGGGAUUCCCCUGAACCUGGCCUUCUUCAAACAGCUGGGGAAGUGUUUCACUAUCCACCUGGGGAGGCUGGAGAAGGGACUGGUCUCAGUUGUUCCUCACAAGCAAGCAUUUGAGGCUGUUGCAGCGAGUUUGUUCUUUAUCGCUGGCACUUUCCUGUUUCUGGUCAUCCCCCCUCUGCUGUUCAGUUACGUGGAAGGCUGGACAUAUGGCGAGGGCUUCUACUUCGCCUUCAUUACCCUGAGCACCAUUGGCUUUGGAGAUUAUGUGGUGGGUACCAACCCUGGAAAGACCUACAUCUAUCUGUACCGCAGUGUUGCAGGCAUUUGGAUCAUCUUUGGCCUCGCUUGGCUCGCUCUCAUCUUCAACAUGGCAGCUAGUAUAAUGGAGCAUGUGCUGGACCAGACUUACCCGAGCCUCAGGAAACAAAGGGAGGCAGAGAACAUGCCAUCCAGUGAAAUAGAAGCCACAUCAAAGAUCUGAAAAUGGACUGCAGAUAGCACCAUAUACAGUGCGUAAAAUAUAUUUAGCGAGACUGUGCUAAAAUAGACAAAGCAGGAUGACUUCUACCUCAUUCAGGCCACACAAUCGGUGCUUUAAAUAUUUGCAUUGAACUGUCAUAAAAUGCAAACAGUUCACACAAAUAACACUGUUCUAAUUAAUUCUAAUUAUUCUCACUGAGAGCAAAAUGUUUUACAUAUUAUAUACAAAGUGUGCUCAGAAAGUUAUGAGAACAGGUUGACAGAAGGGGGAAAAAAUCAAAAGCCUGACUUCAUUUAAAUGUGGCCAAUCUCCCAUUCAGCACUAUUUUCUCAUGCACCUCUGGACAGAUUUUAGAUCUCAUUGCAGAAGUCUUCUCAUUUCCCUUUCCCCCCUUUAUUUUGUGAUCUCCUCCAGUUUGUCAAAAUCAAAACUUAAUGGAAAAUCUGACAAGUGAGUCAGUUGGCAUCUUAAGAUUGUGCAGGUGUUCUUGCACACAGUUCAUGUUUUUGUCACAUUUCCUCCCUCACAAUAAUUGGGAUGUUCUUCCAGAACUCUGCACUGAUGGGUCCAACCUGAAGGGAACAUUCAUGCUGUAAAACACUAGAGGCAGUGUGAAUGUGGUAACAAUGCCAUGAUAUUUCAUACUGCACUCAUGGUAGCUCCCAAGUCCCUACUGGGUCAGCUCACAUUUUUGCCCAUGUUAUUCCAUGUGUUGGUAUCAGUAUAGGUUAACAUCCCUCCUAUUAGCGCUCUACUUAGCUUCAGCUCUGAAAUCUUCAGGAGUACCACCAGUGUGAUUGGUUGGUAAUGGUUCUCCAAGAACUGACUGCCAUUAAAAAAAACAAAACAAAUGUAAGUAUGUGACUUGCAAAAUAAAAAGUAGCCAUUCUUCAGAAACACAAGUUAAGAAGAUCAACUUUUUCAGUGUUAGUCAUAAAACAAUUAAAGGCGCCGCCAUAAUGAGCUGACUCUCAGCAUUAGAGCCUUUAUUGUUUUGUAAACAUUAUUUCAACAUAUUCUUAGAUGAUCUAGUAGAGAAUGUGUUUACUCAGGCGGAAAUCAUGUUUUCUGCUACACGUUUGUGUUUUUUAUUAACUCUUGUGUGUGUGCGUUUCUCUGAGAGCAUGUCUGCAUUUGUGUAGUGAUGGAAAAUUCAGGUGAAUUGAAUGCAGAGGGCUAUCUUAGACAAACACAUUAAUCAAAAUGGUGAAGUGAGCUGUAAAAAAAAAAAAAAGGAUGGCUUUUACCUGUCCCACUUUUUAGUUUGUUUUAAAUCCAUUCAACACUUACUUAUUUUUGGUUAUGGAGCGGUUGGGUUUCAGAGACCCUUUUAUUCAACUGAUUAAAAAUUUAUAUUAUUUACCUUCAGCAAGAAUAAAAAUAAAUGGGAGCUUAACUGGAGUAGUGGACUUGCAGAGAGGAUGUCGGCAGGCAUGUCCGCUUAGCCCAGCCUUGUUUGCUUUAUUUAUUGAACCGCUGGCGCAAGCUAUUAGGGAGGAUGAACAAAUUAAAGGGAUAUGGAUACGGAAUACGGAAUAUAAAAUGGGUUUAUUUGCAGAUGAUGUUUUGCUGACCCUCACAGACCCAGAAAGAAGCUUACCUAAGUUAUGGUCAAAGAUGGAAAUGUUUGGAGAACUUUCCGGAUAUAAAAUAAACAUUCAAAUAAACACAGGUGAUCACAUACAAUUAUGUACCCACAACAAAGAUCAAAAAUCUGUCUAAAUUCAUACAAAUAAAAUAAUUAAAUAUUUAGGUAUUAAGAUUCCCAAAACACUGACAGAAAUCUGUG